GGCCCCUGCAACCCCGCGCCUGCGCCCUGGCCGCCGGGACGCUACAAUGGCGGCUGCGGUGGUGGCGGCCCCCGAAGUACUUCGGGAAUGCGGCUGUAAGGGUAUCCGGACCUGUCUAAUCUGCGAGCGGCAGCGGGGAGGGGACCCACCCUGGCAGCACUCCCCACAGAAAACACAUCGUUUCGUUUACUAUUCGGACACUGGCUGGGCUGUGGGGGCUGAGGAGUCUGACUUUGAAGGCUGGGCCUUCCCCUUCCCUGGCGUGACACUGAUAGAGGACUUCGUGACCCGAGAAGAAGAAGCUGAGAUGGUGCAGCUGAUGGACCGUGAGCCCUGGAAACUCUCACAGUCCGGACGGAGGAAGCAGGACUAUGGUCCCAAAGUCAACUUUCGGAAACAAAAGCUCAAGACCGCUGGCUUCCAAGGCCUCCCCAGCUUCAGCCGGGAGAUAGUGCAGAGAAUGGGCCUCUACCCCGUCCUGGAGGACUUCUGGCCCGUGGAGCAGUGCAACCUGGACUACUGCCCAGAGCGGGGCUCAGCCAUCGACCCCCAUGUGGAUGACACCUGGCUGUGGGGGGAGCGGCUGGUGAGCCUCAGCCUCCUGUCCCCCACCGUGCUGUCCAUGUCCCGGGAGGCGCCCGGCAGCCUGCUGCUCUGCCUGGCCCCCUCCGGCUUCCCAGAAGCUUUGGAAGGUGUGAUGGCCCCUAGUAGGUCCGUCCUGUGCCAGGAGGUGGAGGUGGCCAUCCCCUUGCCCCGCCGCUCUCUGCUUGUGCUCACCGGAGCCGCACGGCACCAGUGGAAGCAUGCCAUCCACCGCAGACACGUCGAGGCCCGCCGCGUGUGUGCCACCUUCAGGGAGCUGUCGGCCGAAUUCCGUCCUGGUGGGAGGCAGCAAGAACUUGGGCAGGAGCUCCUGCACAUCUCUCUCUCCUUUCGGGGGAGACCCAUGUGAGCCGCCUUCCUGGGGACAGGAGCUGGCAUGGCCUGGCCCAGGUUCCAGCUCCAGACUUGACCCUUUGCCAGGACUGAGGGGAGCCCAGCACAAGGGUCUUCCUUCCCAGCUCGUUAGGUUUUCAGAGAAGACUGCGGACACCCUGACGCAUGGCAGCGCAAGCCCUGCCGGGACCUGGUUUUGAUGGGGAUGUGUCUCAGGUCAGUCCCCUUUGAGCUGCACUGUGGCCACUUGUAUGGGUUCAGUUGUCACAGUUUGAGGGAAGAGGCAUCAUUUGAGUUUUAAAAACUUUGGAAUCACUUAAAACCAUUUUCUCCUUUA